UGAAUGUAUGAAUAAAUGGUAAGACGUUUUUUUUAAAUGGUAUGUAACAUCUCCUUUUCCCUGUACACUCAGUCAAAAGUUUGUACACACCACCUCCUUCAGGGUUUAUUUUCAACAUUGUACAUUAAUACUUAAUACAGCCAAACUAUGAAAGAACACGUCUGGAAUUAUGUGUUAAAGAUAAACCCAGAAUAUGUUUUAUGAUCCAAAGUAGCUACUUUAAGCUUCAUAUUUUGCAUGGCUUCAGUAUUAAUGUACAAGGAUGUAAAUAAUACAAAGAAAGAAGAAAAAGGUGUCCAAACUUUUGACAGGUACUGUAUUUGUGGAUUUAAUGUGCAAUACAAUGACCUCUUAACCACAGGUUAUGUAAGAGAGCUAUUUGUCCAAGGAAUAAAGAGUGCAUCAGAUGACCGGGUUUCCACAAUCAAAUGAUCUAAAUCCAUUUUGACAUUGUCAGAAAUGAGUCGGUCUGGAGAGUGAAGGAAGAGCAGCCAACAAGCACUCAAAACAUCUGGGAACUUCGAGAUUGUUGUUACUAAACCACUCCGGGUGACUACUUUGUGAAUCUUAUGAGAGGUUAUAAUGCCACUAUGCAAGCUGUCAUCAAAACUAACAUUUGAUCUUAUUAAAUAAAACAAUUUCUUUAAGUUUGGAUGUCUUCAGUAUUCAUGUACACUGUUGGAAAAUGUGAGGUCCAGUUUCCCGCGCACACGGUGACGCUUCCUUCUGCCUCGCGCGCUCUCGUGUCAUGAAUAAAAUGGCUGACUGUGUAGCUAGAGCUAGCUAACGCCGUUAUUCACACAGUAUAUAAACAGUUUUAUCCACGCUUAAGUCACAGUUUAACGUCUGUCCGCGGUCUUUUUGUCUUUAGAAAACACGUUUAUUGCUCUCCUUUUCUUCGGAAAAAAAUACUUCAACUUUACAAUCUGACACAAUCAGCUACACACAUUACAGUCAUGAGGAGAAACGAAAAUCAGCCAAGACCAACGGCAGGCUGUCUGUCUGUUCCACUGUUUAACCAAAAGAAGAGGAGCAGAUUGCCACUGACGUCCAAUCCCUCUGAGAGUGAAGUGUUCCCCGAAUAUGAGAAUAGAGACAUGCUGAGCUUUACGUCAACCAUCCAUCCAUCUAACAUUGGGAACGCUCAGCCAUCAACAAAUCGAGCACCUCUGACUCAGUGGAACCAGCAACAAAGCACAACAUGGCCUAGUGCAUCAUCUGCUCCAACAGGAAGAGGAUGCACACCUAUUCCUCACCCCCAGAAGCGCAUCUAUGCAUGGUCACAGACAGGUUCACAGAGACCUCCAGGCAGACCUGAUUCUAUGGCAACAGCCCCAGGCUUCAAGCAAGGUGGAUUUCCUAGUGACAGUGCAACCACUCAAAUCCAGAAUAAAACUAUGGGUACCAAGCAACCCAUGAAGCAGCAGUCUUUUAUUCGAAACAUCAAACAACCCAAAGACUCCUUCACCACUUCAGAUGUCACAGCACGCAGUCCGAAAACCGCAGCUCAGACUCAAAACUCUCAGUGGAAGUUCAGAUCUGGAAGUCUCAGAGGCGGGACGUGGGUUGAGAACACUUUUGGAGCUUUAGGAAGUCAGAGCAGUUUACAGCAGCAGGAAAAAGCACCACCCAAGAAAUCUCUCCGUAUCCUCACUGCUGUUAUAGAGGGCAUGAAGCACUGGAGCCAGUUCAAGGACAAAGUUCCUAUGAUGUUUGAGAUUUUUGCUGUUCUCGAUUCUGCGGUUACAAUAGGAAAAUAUGGUGCCAAGAAUUUCCUACUGAGAGAUGGAAAAGAUACAGUGCCAUGUGUGUACUAUGAAAAUGAUCAGGUGCUGCCAAGGCUGAUCCGGGGUCAGGUGCAUCGCUGCGUGGGGAAUUACGACAGACAGAAAAACACUCUCACCUGUGUGUCGGUGCGGGCAGCCUCCCUGUCAGAGCAAAGAAAUGCUCAAGAAGCUGUAAAAGCAUCAGAUGCCGAGAUGAGAAAAGAGGUCCAGGCAUUUUCUGAAAUGUGAUGUGAAUGGACACAGUAGGAAAGUUUUACAGUUUCAAAGGUGUUUUUCCUAUUCAUUAAAGUUUGUUUUGGUGGCAAACCAUAAUUGUACAAAGCAGUGCUGAUAAAUCAGUUUGAAUGAUUAA